AUGGAUACAAAGUCUGAUAAAAAAAAUCGAAAUGUUCAUCAUUUUCUUCUUGUUCAGUGAGAUUGUUUUUAAUCUGAGCCAUAGAUUAUUUAAGAAAGCCAAUUAGACAGAAUGUCUGUGAACGACUUAACUUUCCCAAUUAAAGCAUCUUAAACGCAGUGCCCUGAGAAGUUUUUCUGUGAAACAGAAACCCUGCAUUUCGUUUGUUUGCAAGAAAAAGGGAGUCAUAUUUUCUCAGCAAUAGAAUUAUUUUAGAUACAACUAUACCUAUAUUAGACACGUGGCUACAGUACCACUUGCAGGGCGUUCUUAAUGUUUCUUAUAAAUGUUUAAUUACAAUGUGUAGGAAGUGUUACGUUCGAACAACUCUUAUUGCGGGUAGAUUAUACACGCAUCUUAACUAGACAUGUAUUUUAAAUAAACCAGGUAGUGUUACACUGAUUCUCUAUUUUUAGUUUAGCGCUAUUUCAGUGCAAUAAAGUUGGUAUGAUAAACAAUAUAUAUGUAUAUUAUGUGUUUGGUUUACGUCAUUACUGGAAGAGUGAGACAACGUCCACUUUCUGUGAUAGAUGAAACUUUACAUAUUGAACUUCGUCCAUCUACAUGUGCUCGGUUGACUAUCUAAACAUUACAAAAUGGAGCUAACGUGGUACCCAAAAUUUAGUUUAGCGCGAGAGACGCGGAUUCAGCUGGACGUUGGAAAUACGGAAAAUAUCACUAGUACAGUUGGGGCCGAUUAACAAUAUUUUGUAGAACAAAACAUAUGCCAGAUAUAUUAGAAUGCGACACUGAGACUGGAAUCUAUAACAGCGUUGUCUAGGUAGUCUAGUAUCAUACACAGUUACUACAUGUUUCAGGGAAAUGUAGUGUUACAAGUAUUUGAUUAAGCUAUAAUCCAGGUGUAUCUUGACUAGCGACGAACAAUAAAGUAAACUGAUAUACUAGACAAUCGGCUUACAUAGUUUAUCAUAGUAAUGGAUUCUAUAACUUAAAUUCACAUGCCUACCACGUGAAUAGAGCUUGCUCAAAUUACCGGUGUUAAAAUUCCCCAGAAUGGAAAUACUGGAUAAGUUCAAGCUGUGUGGAUUGAUUAUUGGCGGAUGUUUGUUACUCAGAUGGGCUUAUCAGCUCUGUAUACUAGGAUAUAUACUCCCGGAUAUGUGUCUUUUAUUUGGACUGGUACCGCUACUUCUCGUAUUGGACAUUGUGCGACUUCGGCCGGGAAAAUGCCACCAAUUACACGGUGUUUUGUUGCAAUACGUCGUCCAGAAAGCUCUUUCAUUGGUUGGAUUCUUUGUUAGCAGAAAGCUUGACUCAAUGAGUGAAAAUAUCCAAGUUCAUCAAGAUAUAUUGCUUCGAAAGAUUUUAGAACAAAAUUCAGACACCGACGUUGGAAAGAUGAUAGGUAUUGAUAAGGUAGAAAGCGUAAAAGACUUUCGAACAAUGAUUCCCUUAACGGCUUACCACGUGUAUGAAAAAUUCGUUAAUAAGAUAGAAGAAAACGGAAGCGAGAAUGUAUUCUUCCCUGGAAAAGUCGAUUACAUAGCAUGGACUUCAGGUACGUCUGCUGGAAGAAGUAAGAAAUUUCCAAAAUCUAUUUCUAUUUUACGACAGACUAGUGCAAAAUGGCUACUUUUAGCUCAAAGGUGUUUUACAAAUUUGCCAAGAAAUCACUUUAUUCGCAAGUGGCUGGCGGUGAGGUGCGCGCCAAACACCUGGCGUUCUAAAUCUGGAAUAAGGUGCGGACCUAUUUCAGGAUUAGCCUCAAAUUACUCUCUGAAUUUUUACGUCGUUCCAGAUAUUGCAAAGGAUUUUAAAGACGAAGAAACAGUGAUUUAUGUAAAUCUUGUGUUUGGUUUAAAAUACCCAGAUAUUUGCAACUUAUUUUUUUCGACAGCGCAGAUGGCGCUUUCAUUUUUCCAAAUUCUAGAACGAAAAUGGGAACAUAUUUGUGACGAUAUAGAAAGCGGAACACUUUCUGACAUUCAGAAUUUAUCAACAAAUGAAGUAAAUAUUUUGACUCAGUCAUUGGGUGGGAGAGAUGCCAAGAGGGCGGAGUUUUUAAGAAAUGAGUUUGAAAAGGGAUUCAUAGGAAUAGUUCCAAGAGUUUGGCCAGAUUGCCCAGGGUUGUUCUGUUUGGCAACUGGUUCAUUUCAAACACAGGCAGACGUUGUCAGGGAACGCUAUUUAGGGUCUGUGCCUAUCUUUUCACCAUUCCAUGCUGGCACAGAGUCAUUUUAUGGCAUAAAUCUUCAUCUUGGAGAACCGGAAGUGACGUAUACUUUCAUGGUACCAUUCAACUAUUUUGAAUUCAUUCCAGUCGAACAUAUUGAAGAUGAAAACCCUGAAACUCUACUAUGUAAUGAGCUUAGAGUUGGCGGCGUAUACGAGUUAGUAGUGACAACGUGGGAAGGACUGUAUAGAUACAGAACAGAAGAUAUAGUGGAAAUUGUGAGUUUCUAUGGAACAAUUCCGCGCUACAAAUUCGUAAGACGGAAGAAUGACGUACUCAGUGUUAAGACAGAACAUGUCCCGGAAACUUUAGUUUCUCAAGCAGUGAGGACGGUAGCAAAAAUGUGGAACAAACAAAUCGUUGACUUCGUCACCACGGAAAACAUAUAUGUAGAUAAAGUAACAGGUGAUCUAUCUGAACAGCGUUACUACAUGGUAUUCCUAGAAAUACAGCAUGAUGACGUCCUUACACAGAAGGAAAGUGAAAUGGUUGAUGUCCACUUACAAAAACUCCAUGAGAUGUAUGGAAUGUUUCGCACGAGCGGAAGUCUUCAAGCACUGAAGAUUUUUCAAGUGCGUUGUGGAACAUUUCAAUGUAUGGGAUCUCUGAUUCGUGCAGUUAACAUGGCCACGUCCUUUAUGCAGUACAAACUACCGAGAAUAGUACGGCGCAAGGAAUUAGUACAAUAUCUUUUAGACAAUAGACUAAACAUUACGGAAAGUAGUCCCCUAUUCAUCAGUGACGACACACCUUUUACGCCUAGGAUAGCAACAGAGAAAUUAGUCUGACAGUAGUGAAAUCUGCUUACUAGUAUGUCCACCAGUUUACAUGAUGACUUACCGGUCUGUUAUAUAUAAAUAAAUAAAUGACAGUUUUCAAUGUUUUACUCAGAAACGUACUUAUUAAUUUGUUCAGUAAAUAUAAAACUGUAUACAGCGGUAUAUCAUGAUACAGAUAUUGUCACGGACGACAAAACAUAAUGGCUGUGACUAAAUUCAGAGUUGGUGCACCUGUUAUAUAUUACAGACUCCGGUACAUACCGGAUUAACUAAAUUUGAAAGAAAAUAUCUUAAAUGUAUAUAUUUUGUAACCAUGGUGAUACUAAAUCUAAUCUCUAGUCAGUAUGUUAUGCAUUUGAUACUCUAAAUGCGUGCGGACAUGCAAAAAAAUGAGUAAUUUUGCCGUGCGCUCCAAUGGAUAAUAAUUCCGCGCAGGCGCAGAACGGCUGCACCAACUCUGCAAUGAGAAACAUUCAAACAUAACAUCCUUGUUAAUAUUUAUUACAAUUUCAAUGUUUUACAGUUAAACCAUGUUGGAAAGGAUUAACAGAUGUAUAAUACUUCCCUGUGUAAUAUAAUCCAUAUUAUCUACCCUUAACAACCCUUCAAAGUUGUGUCCCCCAAAAACAUUUGGAGGAGAACGUUUUUCAAAUAACUUGCCAAAUUUGUGUCCCAUAAUAGGAAUUUAAAUCAAGACUUUUUAGAGAAGGUCUACUUUCUUUCGUUUUUCUGUCCCUGUCAUGAAUAAGAUGAGAACACUCAAUCUUUUUUUGUGAAAUAGAAAGUUAUACAUAUUAUAAAGUAAGUUUUGUUUGUUUGUUUGUUUUGGAUUUUACGCCGUCUUUCAACAGUAUUUCAAUUAUGUAACGGCGGACAGUUAACCUAACCAGUGUUCCUGAGUUCUGUACCAGUACAAACCUCUUCUCCGCCGCAAGUAACUGCCAACUUUCCCACUUUAAUCAGAGGUGGAGGACGAAUGAUAUCAUACACAAUGUCUUUUAUCAAAUCGUCACGGAGAACAAACGCCCCGCCCGGGGAUCGAACUAACGACCCUUCGAUUCGUAGAUCUGCGCUCUCCCUAUUGAGCUAAGUGGGCGGGCUCUGUAAAGUAAGUAAUUGGUGGAUUCUUGGGUAUUCACGCCAGAAAAUCCGCCUAUGACGAGAAAAAUAACACAAAAGAAAAAUAUAACCGGAUGUAAAACAUUUUUUCUGUUCUUGUUUUAAUUUUUCCCUUGUUCUAAUUCGUGCAUAGCCAUGAAUGUAAGAAUUCUAUAAAAAAAAAAUAAAAUAUACUGAACACCAGUAAAAACACAAAA